AUGGAGAUGCCACCUGGACCCUAUGAGGCUGCCCAGACCAGUCACAGUGUCACACUCUUUUCACACAAAGUAUGUGGCACCACUUGGCUUCCGGGGCGCUUCUUCCGGGAGAGAGAGGAAGAGAGAGGCGGUGAUUUGGAGAGCAUGGAGGUCCAGGGGGCCGCUCCUCUCCGUGGCUUUCCCCGGCCGGAGGGAGGCUUUGGCUUCUGCACGUCUGCAGGAGAGAGAUCCCUGGUGUCCUUUGAGGAGGUAGCCGUGUUCUUCACACAGGAGGAAUGGGCUCUUCUGGAUCCAGGCCAAAGAAAACUCUACUGGGAAGUCAUGCAGGAAAAUUACGAGACUGUGGCCUCUCUGGCUACAGAAAUGUGGGAGUUGGCAAGUGAAAAAGCACCAGAAAGGGUGAUUACAGAAAAAGAUGAAGAUCCAGAGGGGGAUUCAGAAUCAAGGGAUCAAGUUAUAGAGCAGAGAUGGUGCAAAACAAAAAGAGGAGUAAAACAAAACCAGAGGAAGGAAUCGGUUGCCUGUCAAAGCAGGAAUAAGCCUGAGAUCCCAGCCCAAAAUGAAAUACAGAAGAGAAAAAGAAGUCAUGAGGAUCCUGUGAAUGAGAAUGGGUUUUGCAGUAAAUUCAGUGUUAAAACAUAUCAGAAUGUUACCACAGUCCAGAAAGCAAAUAAAUGCUUGGAGUGCGGAAAAACCUUUUCUUGGAAUGAUGUCCUAACUAACCACCAAAGGAUUCAUACAGAGGAGAAGCCUUAUAAAUGCCUAGAGUGUGGGAAGAUGUUCUCUUGGAAUGGUAACUUGACUGUGCAUCAAACGAUUGACACUGGGGAGAAGUUAUACAAAUGCCUGGACUAUGGAAAGAGCUUUUUUCAGAAUGGCACAUUAACUAAGGAUAAAUAUGUUUACACUUGGGGGAAACCAUAUAAAUGCUUGGAGUGUGGGAAGAGCUUCUCUGAAAAAGGGAAACUUGAUGUACAUCAAAGGAUUCACACACGGGAGAAACCAUACAAAUGCUUGGAGUGUGGAAAAUGCUUCUUUCGGAGUGUUGACCUAACUGUACAUCAAAGGAUUCACACAGGGGAGAAGCCACAUGAAUGCAUGGACUGUGGGAAGAGUUUCUCUCAAAAUAGUAGCCUAAAUGUGCAUCAAAGGAUUCACACUGGGGAAAAGCAAUAUAGAUGCUUGGGGUGUGGAAAAUGCUUCUUUCGGAGAUUUGACCUAACUGUUCAUCAAAGGAGUCACACAGGGGAGAAGCCAUACAAAUGCUUGGAGUGUGGAAAAUGCUACUUUCGGAGAGUUGACCUAACUGUACAUCAAAGGAUUCACACAGGGGAGAAGCCACAUGAAUGCCUGGAGUGUGGGAAGAGUUUCUCUCAAAAUAGUAGCCUAACUGUUCAUCAAAAGAUUCACACCGGGGAAAAGCGAUAUAAAUGCUUGGAGUGUGGAAAAUGCUUCUUUCGGAGAUUUGACCUAUCUGUUCAUCAAAGGAUUCACACAGGGGAGAAGCCAUACAAAUGCUUGGAGUGUGGAAAAUGCUACUUUCGGAGUGUUGACUUAACUGUACAUCAAAGGAUUCACACAGGUGAGAAACCGUAUGAAUGCCUGGAGUGUGGGAAGAGUUUCUCUCAAAAUAGUAGCCUAACUGUUCAUCAUAAGAUUCACACCGGGGAAACACGAUAUAAAUGCUUGGAGUGUGGAAAAUGCUUCUUUCGGAGAUUUGACCUAACUGUUCAUCAAAGGAGUCACACAGGGGAGAAGCCAUACAAAUGCUUAGAGUGUGGAAAAUGCUACUUUCGGAGAAUUGACCUAACUGUACAUCAAAGGAUUCAUACAGGUGAGAAGCCAUAUGAAUGCCUGGAGUGUGGGAAGAGUUUCUCUCAAAAUAGUAGCCUAACUGUUCAUCAAAGGAUUCACACCGGGGAAAAGCCGUAUAAAUGCUUGGAGUGUGGAAAAUGCUUCUUUCGGAGAGUUGACCUAACUGUUCAUCAAAGGAUUCACACAGGGGAGAAGCCAUAUGAAUGCCUGGAAUGUGGGAAGAGCUUCUCUCAGACUGGCACACUAACUAAACAUAAAAAUAGUCACACGGGGGAGAAGCCAUAUAAAUGUUUGGAGUGUGGGAAGAGCUUCUCUCAGAAUGGUACACUAGCUAAGCAUAAAAGCAGUCACACAGGGGAGAAGCCAUAUAAAUGCUUCGAGUGUGGGAAGAGCUUCUCUCAAAAUAGCCACCUAACUGUACAUCAAAAGGUUCACUCAGGGGAGAAGCCGUAUAAAUGCUUGGAGUGUGGGAAGAGCUUUUCUCAAAAUAGCAACCUAAGUAAACAUCAAAAGGUUCAUGCAAGGGAGAAGCCAUAUAAAUACUUUGAGUGCGGGAAGAGCUUCUCUCAGAAUGACUAGCUAAUUGAUCAUCAAAAGGUUCACACACAAGAUGUCAUGAAAAUGCCUGGUGGGUGGAAAUAGCUUCAGUCAAAGUCUUUCCUUCUACCAUAAAAUUCACACAGGGUAAUAGUUAUCCAGUCACAGCCUAUGUGAGACCAACUGAGGUAGCUGACCUUGCUUGUUCAUGUCCAUGAAAUGUCCUGUGACUGUCAUCCCUGGCCUCAGACUGACUCCCAGCCUGCGUGCAGUACUCUAGACUCCUGUUGGCUCCUCCUUGGCCUCACCUGCUCCCCAUAUGCGCUCUCCUGGGGUGCCUCAGUGCUGUCCUUAUGAUUCUCUCUACAGGGAGUUGCUAUCCUGCCUCUUCCUCUCACUACAGAUACACCAGGAGAGGUUAUGGGUAGAGUGACUACUGCCUAGGCUUCCCACCAAUAUUUCUUAAUUUCUUGGUCAGGCGCUUCCUCCUCCCCCUUGUGACUAAUUUCUCUCUUUAUGACCCUUGUUUGGUGGUUCCUCCCUGCUCUUGUCCUGAGCAGCCGAUUGCACAUUGUUCUAUGUUUGUGGUUGUAGUAGUUGGAAGGGGCGGGGGCAGACAUACGGUUUCUCACUGUCCAGGCUCUCCUUGUCCUUCUCCUUCCAUCUCUGCUUUCCUUUGGGCUGGGGCUGCUGCUGGUGAGCGAGUCUCCACUUGCCUUCCUGGCGUCCACGUUUUUACCAUUCGAUAGUUUCAGCCACCAUCCGUCUUCUCCCAACCACCUUUUAACUCUGCAGCCAGCUGAGUUGUGCCCUGCACCCUUGCCGGCAUCCCCACAACAUUCUCAGCUGAUCUGUACUUAUUUCCAGCUAUGCUGCCCAGAGCAUGGAGAUGCUGGCUGGACCCUGUGAGGCUGCCCGAACAAUCACGGUGUCACACUCUCCUUUUUACCCCUCAACCUCACCCUCUUUGUGGCACCACUUGGGGAGCAAAACUUUCACAUUUCCUUUUGAAGUCUCUAAAAGACACAUUAAUGGAUCAUUCUCCAAGAUGAUGAGCGUGAUUGUAAUGCCUCAUAUUACCUCUUACAGAUUGAGGAAUGGUGUAAUUUUCCAAGGGGAAGAGCCUUGAUUCUGAAUGUAUGUGAAAAGAUGACAUAUUGUGAGUGAUAUUUAUACAAGGGUGGAUCUCCACAACAGUC